AUGAAUAUUUUAAACAUAUCUCAACAAACCUCAUACGACAACAGCAUCGAAAGUUUUGAGUAUCAUUCGUACAGACCGUAUGUAACAAGUUUCAACAAGAAUGAUGAAAUACGAAUCCCCAUCAAUCAACAAGACCUAUAUGUGCUGCCUUCGCUCAGCAGUUUGUAUAUCGAAGGCAAAGUAAUUGUCUACAACAGGACAACUAAAGAAAAGGUUUCAAAUGUACAUUUCGUUAAUAAUCCAGCGUUAUUUCUAUUUCAAGACAUAAGAUAUGAAUUAAAUGGAGUAGAAAUAGAUAAAAUAAAAAACGCAGGUGUAACUACGACCAUAAAGUCUUAUCUGUCCUUAAAUGAAAACGAAUCAAAAUAUGCUCGAGUUUGGGGGUGGUCGCCAGAAGGUAUAAAUAAUACAAGUGGUGGAGAAUUUUCUGUAUCCAUUCCUCUAAACAAGAUUUUAGGAUUUGCGGAAGAUUAUGAAAAAAUUAUCAUUAACUGCAAACAUGAGUUAGUGUUGCUUAGAUGUAACACUAACCUUAAUGCAAUCAAGUUGAAAACAGGAGAAGUUUUGGAAGAUAUUGUUAUAAGUAAAAUUAUCUGGAGAGUACCUCAUAUUAAAGUAUCUGACCGCGAAAGAAUAAAUUUACUAAAACAAUUAGAAAAAGAUCGAGCUAUUCCAUUAGCAUAUCGUAACUGGGAUUUAUACGAGUAUCCAUUAUUACCCAAAACUCGUAAACAUACUUGGUCCAUUAAAACUUCAUCUCAAAUAGAAAAACCGCGAUUUGUUGUAUUAGCUUUACAAACCAACCGCAAAAACAACAGUGAAUUGUCGAUGGCGGAGUUUGAUCACUGUCACGUACGUGAUGUGAGAGUGUUUUUAAAUUCGUCAUACUAUCCAUAUGAGGGAUUAAACGUCAGUUUUACAGAAGACAAAUUUACUUUAUUAUACGAACAGUAUGCCAGAUUUCAACAGUCGUAUCACGGACGUCGGUCAGAGCCGUUGAUGAGUUUGAAAGAAUUCAGAGACGUUGCUCCCUUAUUCGUUAUCGACUGUUCGCGACAGCACGAAACGUUAAAAGGCUCAAUCGACGUGAGAGUAGAAAUCGAAACAGACCAAGAAAUACCUGAUCAGACAGCUGCAUAUUGUCUGAUUUUAAACGACUGCAUAUUUGAGUAUAAGCCUUUGAGUAAUAUCGUUAAGAAAAUAUCAUGA